ACUAGAUGCUCUGUCCUAGGUUUACGGAAUGAGCGAGGACGGCUGAAUGACUGGGAGCCCCAAGUUGUUUCCGGGAAAGGUCUAUCUGGAUAUUAUUUUUGCUUUACAAAAAGAACAGAAAAGGAGCCAGGCCUUUGAUCCCCCGCCCGCUGAAGUGAGUUUUGAUUGAAGUAGCCCAGCUGUUCUUCUUAUUGCCAGCAGCCGGGGAGGCUCCCUAAGUGAGCUACUUCAUAGGCUAGGCACGAGCGAGUGAAUUUGAAAAAGCAGGACCAGCCCUUGCAUGUAGAGCUUCAGCCUGGAAACUCCCCAGACAGCUGUGUAGCUAAAGACCCUUGGCACUGUGGUCACAUCCCUAAGAAGUGAGCAGUCGUCAGCAGUGGCAUUUGGAGGAGGCCGGGAUGCUACAGACGCUGUGGCACUUUCUGUCUAGCUUUCUCCCUAGAGCUGAGUGCCAGGACUCCAGAGAGGGCAUCGAUCAUGGAGUCAGAGGCUCUCAGGCCCCUGCUCAGGGAGACCAGAUGUCCACCUUUUUGGGGAAACAAAACGGAAGGGCUGAGGCCACGGAAAAGAGACCCACCAUCUUGCUGGUGGUCGGACCUGCAGAACAGUUUCCUAAGAAAAUUGUGCAAGCAGGUGACAAGGACCUUGAUGGGCAACUGGACUUUGAAGAAUUUGUACAUUACCUCCAAGAUCAUGAGAAAAAACUGAGGCUGGUGUUCAAGAGUUUGGACAAAAAGAAUGAUGGACGAAUCGAUGCUCAGGAGAUCAUGCAGUCCCUACGGGACCUGGGUGUCAAGAUCUCUGAACAGCAGGCGGAGAAGAUUCUUAAGAGAAUACGGACGGGCCACUUCUGGGGCCCUGUCACCUACAUGGACAAGAAUGGCACGAUGACCAUCGACUGGAAUGAGUGGAGGGACUACCACCUCCUGCACCCUGUGGAGAACAUCCCCGAGAUCAUCCUGUACUGGAAGCACUCGACGAUCUUCGAUGUCGGUGAGAAUCUGACAGUCCCAGAUGAGUUCACAGUGGAGGAGAGACAGACGGGGAUGUGGUGGAGGCACCUGGUGGCAGGAGGUGGGGCAGGGGCAGUUUCCAGAACCUGCACUGCCCCCCUGGACAGACUGAAGGUGCUCAUGCAGGUCCAUGCCUCCCGCAGCAACAACAUGUGCAUCAUAGGUGGAUUCACACAGAUGAUUCGAGAAGGGGGAGCCAAGUCACUCUGGCGGGGCAACGGCAUCAAUGUCCUCAAAAUUGCCCCUGAGUCGGCCAUCAAAUUCAUGGCAUAUGAGCAGAUGAAACGCCUUGUCGGUAGUGAUCAGGAGACGCUGAGGAUCCACGAAAGGCUUGUGGCAGGCUCCUUGGCCGGGGCCAUUGCCCAGAGUAGCAUCUACCCAAUGGAGGUUCUGAAGACCCGAAUGGCCCUGCGGAAAACAGGCCAGUACUCUGGCAUGCUGGACUGUGCCAGGAGGAUCUUGGCUAAAGAGGGUGUAGCUGCCUUCUACAAAGGCUACAUCCCCAACAUGCUGGGGAUCAUCCCCUAUGCUGGCAUCGACCUAGCUGUCUAUGAGACACUGAAGAACACCUGGCUCCAGCGCUACGCAGUAAACAGUGCGGACCCCGGCGUGUUCGUGCUCCUGGCCUGUGGCACUAUCUCCAGUACUUGUGGCCAGCUUGCCAGCUACCCACUCGCCCUGGUCAGGACCCGGAUGCAGGCACAAGCCUCCAUUGAGGGCGCACCUGAGGUAACCAUGAGCAGCCUCUUCAAACAGAUUCUGCGGACUGAGGGGGCCUUUGGGCUCUACCGGGGGCUGGCCCCCAACUUCAUGAAGGUGAUCCCGGCUGUGAGCAUCAGCUACGUGGUCUACGAGAACCUGAAGAUCACCCUGGGCGUUCAGUCUCGGUGACGGGAGGGUGGUGGACUUGGUGAGCCUGGGCUGCGGCCCAGGGUUUGCAGCCGCCUCAUUCUGUGAAUGUGCCAACACUAAGCUGACUUACCCAAGCUGUGAAACCCAGGAUACCACAGGGGACGGGCAGGGAGCUGGCAAGCUCUGGGCUGGUCCUGCUGACCUGGCAGACCUUCGUGUCUCUUCCAAGGAAGACCUGUGGCUGUUCCUUGGAGUCCAGGGGUCAGUAAGAUGUAGGCUCCUGCACUAGAGACAGGACGUUUUCCGCAGUGCCUGCCAGAUAGCGAGCUUGGAUGCCAGCUUAGUUCUUCCAUCUCGUUCAUGCAGCCAGACCUCAGCCAUGGCAUCCCUCUGGUCCAAAGAGCAUUCCUGUGCCCCUCAUAUCUUUCCACUGAUGCGCUGUGGUAGAAAGUGGGCCUGCCCCCACUCUUUCUUGUCCUUCUGUCCAUCUUCCCUCAGUGCUGCUCUUCCAAACCUGUUCCCAAGCUGCAGCAUCCAUGCGUACCUGUGGCACGGGAAGCUGAAGAAGUACCAUUAUGUCCUCGCCUAUUCUGAGCUUACCAGCAAGGCCACCUGGAUGUACCCGGGUACAGGCACUGGCUGCCUGACACCAUGGUGCAUGGCUUUGCUGAAAGCUAGUGCUAGGACCUGGAACACGGAGGACUUGUGCUGCCUGCAUGGGCCUAAUGUCCUCUGAGCUGCCCCUAAGCCCUGUCAGGACUGGCACCAUCUCAUGCCCACACUCAUUGUUCAGUUCUGUGGUGUGAGGGUGGGCAGGAUACCUGCCCCAUGUCAGCUGCCCUAAUGAGAAGAAAACGAUGCUAAAGGCCUUAAUUAUGUCUUAGUGGGUAAAGGAUUUGGUUCAGAAGGACAAGCUGGACACUGCAAGUGCCACACUCGCUGUGAGCCCAGGGCAGGUAGUUUGCCUGCUCUCAAGUCUGUUCUGAGGGCCCCGUGGGGCCAAGCGGGACCAGCCUCACAUUCCACGCGUGUACCACUCUUCUUGGAGCCUAUUUAUUUUGUAUUUAUUUGAACAGAGUUAUGUCCUAACUAUUUUUAUAGAUUUGUUUAAUUAAUAGCCUGUCAUUUUCAAGUUCAUUUUUUUAUUCAUAUUUAUGUUCAUGGUUGAUUGUACCUUCCUGUCAUCACCUGUUGGGGCAUGGGGGGACAAGAUGGGAAAGUGGCCACAGAGUGACCUUGCCUGCUGCCCACACUGACGGCGUGUCUGUCCCACCAGAAUGGCACAGGGAAGACCACCCAGGCCGGGUGAGGUGGUGGGGAAGGUGGCGGCUCGACAUUCUCUCCUGGACCGGGAGGAUUUCUUUAUUUUGCCCUUUUGGAACGACAAGGCAGUGAGGUGCUUCACCAGGAAUUUGGUUUGAGGGUGAGGACUGAAGGACAGGGCGGCCUGCCUUCCCCAACCUGUGACCUGGUCUCCCUCCUGGCCCGCAACUGCCCAUGCUCAAUGAGUGGCCUGUUGGCCACUUGGCAAUUGUGCCUCCAUUGCCCCAGAAUGGCCUGAUGAGGGAAAUCCAAACAGGAUGCAAAGAUCAAUGCAAAUGUCACCGGUCUGCAUAGUCUAUGCUGUAACUGGAGUUUGUCAAAGGCAAGCAGCCUUCUAAUAAAGUCGCUUCAAAUGUGA